UCAUUGAUAACAAUAAAACUGAAUUACUUAUCAAUUUAAUCAUAAUUUCAAAUUAAUACUAAUUCCUAAUAAAUGUGGUUUGGUACAUAUUUUUAUAACGAUUUGUAAUACCGAAAUGGAAGAUACUAUUUAUGGACCAAAAUCUGAUAGUUCCGAAUUGUCUGAUGAAGCAGAGUCUUCUAACUAUGUGAUGUAUCGACAUCGUCCUGAAUGGAAAGAUGUACAACCAGUUCCUCAAGAUGAUGGUCCUAGUCAAGUAGUCAAAAUAGCUUACUCUGAUAAGUUUGUAGAUGUGUUUGACUAUUUUAGAGCUAUUCUUCAAUCAGGAGAAAAAUCUGAAAGAUCUCUUGAAUUAGUUACUGAUGCUAUAAGUUUGAACCCAGCCAAUUAUACAGUAUGGAUAUAUAGACUUGAAAUUGUUUUACACUUAGAAAUAGACUUAUAUAAGGAAUUAGAGUACAUAUCAAAUGUAAUUCGGGAAUUCACCAAAAAUUAUCAAGUAUGGCAAUAUAGAAAAAAUAUAGUUGAAAUGUUGAAUGAUCCAUCUGAUGAACUGAAAUUUACAGCUAGUAUUUUAGAUAUGGAUGCUAAAAAUUACCAUGCAUGGCAAUAUAGACAAUGGGUUCUUACUACAUAUAGUAAUCUGAUGGAAAAUGAAUUGGAUUUUGUAGAAACAUUGUUAUCGCAAGAUAUGAGAAAUAACUCUGCUUGGAACCAGCGUUAUUUUGUUAUUUAUAAUACUGAUCCAUCUAAUGAAACUAUUGAUAAAGAACUUCACUAUACAUUUGAUAGGAUAAAAAUAUUGUCAAAAAAUGAAAGUGCUUGGAAUUAUUUAAGAGGAUUAUUAUUAUAUUCAGAAAAUGGAAAUUUGGAAGUAAAAGUACGAAAUUUUUGUAAUGAAUUAUAUGACAAGGGUAAUAGAUCUCCUCAUUUGUUAUCAUGUAUGAUUGAUUUACUUGAUGCUGAUGAAAACUUAAAAGAAUCUAAUGAUACCGAAAAAAUUAAAUUUGUUUUAAAAUUAUGUUUUGAGUUAGCUACAAUUUAUGAUCCAAUGAGGCGGUUUUAUUGGGCAUAUGUUUCAAAUGAUAUUGAGAACAAAUAUAGUAUAAGUAAUCAUGAAACUAAAAUUAAUGUUUAUUAAAAUAAAAUUAUUUUUUUAAUUAAAAUGAUAAUUUCUAGUAAUAUUUUCUAUUUUUAUUUUUAUAUAUUGACUGUAAGCUAAUUGGGAUAAAUAACAUUUUACCAAAAAUAUUCGGUUAAAUAAAAUAUCUAUAAGUUACAUUAAUUAUUUUAUGAAAAAAAUGUCACAUACACCAAUUAGCCUACAAAAAGUCAAUAUGUUAAUAAUUUAUUGUUUUUACUAACUCAUUAAAUUAAAUAUUAUUUUUAAUGUACAGGAAUAAAACUUUUGUAUCUUAUUAUUAUUAAUUUGUAAUUUGAUUUCUAACAAAAAGUAAUACUUAAAAUUAUGAACAACAUAUUCAAAGUAAUAAAAAAUGACAUUGUUUUUCAAUAAGAGAAGAAUGUUUUUAGUUGUCUGUUGUUAUCAAUAUACUUCUAAGCAUUUCAGUACAGUAAGAUUUCUUUAGAAGUAUUUAACUUAUUAAGAAGAUUAAAUAAAAAGUAUCCUAAAUCUUAAUAAAAAGUUAUUUAAAUGUCUAAUAGUUAAUAAUAACCAGAAUUUGGAACAUUAUGCAUUUAUAAAAUUUGUUUGAACCACUUCUAAAAUACUUGACUCUGAAAAAAUAUCAUAAGUGUAUAUAGUAUCACAUUAUUAUCUUUUGUUCUAGAGAGGAGGUGAUACCCUUAAGUCCCUUAAAUUUCUAAUUAAUAUACACU